AAUGAUGCUCCUUUUGUACAAUGUUCCCCCAAGCUUUGUAGCGAAGGCCGGCCCCCCGAAAUAGACGCAUUUCUUGAUGAAGGGAUCCGUAUAUAUAAAGCGGAGAGAGAUGCUCAGAUCUUCUCAGAUCUACCGGUCCGAGGGGAAGGUACGGAGCCUCUAGAACACGCGCCCGGAACGAUGGAGUCUCUAAAUGAGAAGGCACCCAAGACCCCCUGCUGGUUGUUGCUGGUCCUUCUCUGCUCAUUGAUCGUAACGUCGGGCAGCGCCCCCGACUGCUGUCGCCAGAAGACCUGUUCCUGCCGGAUCUACGACAUUCUCCGGGGCUCCGGGAAUCACGCCGCCGGCAUUCUGACCCUGGGCAAACGGAGGGGCGAUUUCCAGUCCAUGCAAAGCCGACUCCAGAGGUUGCUCCAAGGCUCCGGCAACCAUGCGGCGGGAAUCCUCACCAUGGGGAGAAGGUCUCAGGAUGAGGAGGAGACCAACUGCAUAGAUGGCCCUAUGGCCGCCGGUAGCUCAGCGUCCAACUCCCCACUGCUUUGCUCUGAGCCGCCCAAUGGCAGCAAAGGCCUCGCUUGCAAACAAACCCCCAGUAUGUAA